AUGCGCGGACCCCCUUCCAUUCGCUUGUCGAGUAUCUUGUGCAAGGCCGGGACGUCUUAUAGCCAUGAUUACGUGUACGGAGUGUCCGCGGAUGCCGAGGGGUCGUUCUUUCUGGCGGGGACGACGGAAGGGAGCUUGGACGGCAUAACCUUCAACGCGGGAGGUACAGACAUGGCCGCGGGCAAGUUGGACAGCGAUGGAGCUGUCCUGUGGUACUGGCAGGAAGGAAGCACGGAGGACGAUACCUUGGCCGAUGCCGCUGCGACGGACGACGGUGGCGUGGUGUUCGCAGGGUUUUAUAACGGCACACUCAACGGGGUCCCCUCCGAAGGGUUGGGAGACUUCUUUGCGAUAAAGUUCGACUCAGACGGAACUGAGGAGUGGCGAUGGCAGGACGGGACCGAGAAGGACGAAGUCAUCUUAACGUGCAGCAAGACAGCGGACGGAAACGUGGUGCUGACGGGCAUGACCCAGGGAGACUGGGUGGAGACAAACACGGGGCUAUGGGCGCUUGUGGCGGUCAAGCUAGACGUUACCGACGGGAGUGUCAUCUGGCAAUACCAGGCGGGGGUGCCAUCAUACAGCGUUGUGUCGCGCGGGGCCGCCUCGCGAGCGGACGGAUCGAUCGUGAUUGGGGGCAGUACCGACGGAGACUGGGACGGCGAGUUGACCGGGUACGCCGAUUUCUUUUCGGUGGCCCUGAACGAAGAUGGUUCAGAGCUUUGGCGGUUUCAGGACGGCAGCGAAUUCAGUAUAAGCUCAGCAUGGGGCGUGGCAGCCCUCUCGGACGGCUCUGUGGUGCUCGCCGGAGUCACAGACGGUGACUACGCCGAAACUAACGCGGGGGAGCAAGACUUUGCACUUGUCAAGCUGACCGAAGAGGGUGUGCUUGACUGGACUUGGCAGGAUGGGACACCGUACGACGAUGGCUUCGAAGGAGCGGCGACCGGAAUCGACGGCACCUCCAUGGUUUUCGUGGGCUACACCUACGGGACCUGGGCGGCAGAGCAAGCCGAGGAUGAGGAGGACUCGGACGCCGUGGGCAUGUCCAUGGAUGGCGACGGCACUUUGCUGUGGACGUAUCAGGCCGGCACCACCGGUUUCGAAACCUUCGUCGGCGUCGACGUCAGCCCCGACGGAGCCGCGCUGCUUGCGGGCUACUCCACAGGGACGUGGGAGGACUCCACGACUGAUUUCUAUGCCGACUUCGCCGGGGUUUUGAUCGCGACGGGUGCCGUGCCCGCCACCCCGGCGCCGGCCACCGUGAUCGCGCCAUCAACUCCUUCUCCUGUCACAGGCACUUCGGGAGGCACUUCGGAAGGGUCUUGCGGCGACGGCGAGUCGUUCCGCAUAACGUCGGACGUGCUGCCCGUUGUUGAGGGGUGCUACCAGCAAACAGAUUGGUCGUUCGACGAAGGAGACGAAUACGAAGAGUACACCGUCAGUGGUAUGAGCGGCUGGGAGCAUAUAGCCAUUUUGGGCAUGUCCUCCGCCUUUGCUGAUGACGACGGUGAUGUGAUCAUGCCGUUCUACCUGGCAUUCGUCUCCGAAGAAGACGAUGGGACCAUUGUUUAUUGCGUAUCGAACGAAGACGCCGUGACUGUCCACCCUGUUGACGCCACGUGGACAUGCGACCUCGGCGGCACCGGCACCUUCGAAGAUGUUACCGACGAGGAGAUUUCGAUGGACUGUGGGUGCACUGGCACCCCCGCGCCCGUUGUUGCGGAUAGUCCUGUUGCCCCUCCUACCCUGACCCCCAGCGUAUCGCCAGGGGAAUCGAUGUCUUCUUCUUCUUCUUCUUCGUCCGUCCCGCUUGGACCGCUUGUUGGUGGCAUUAUCGGCGGCUUGGCGUUUGUGGCACUCGUCGUCGGCAUCUUUGUGGCGAGACGCCGAGCGAGAGGUGAUCAGAGCUUCGGCAAUGCCCCUGCCCGCUCGAAAAAUUAUCCCGCUGUUGCAGGUGGUGCUGGCGCUGCUAAGGGAGACAUCCCGCCGCCUCCCCCACCCGCAUACACAGAGCCCCCUCCGCCCAUGGCAGACGCCGGGGAUAUCGACCUGCCACCGCCGCCAGCGUACUCGGAACCGCCUCCACCGUUCAGUGGUUGAGGCCCGAGAAGGAGGACGCCACCUCUACACGGUCGCCCCGGUGGUCCAGUGGGUAGCCUCGCAGCCUGCUAAGGGCCAGGUCAUGGGUUCGAGUCCCGGCAGGGAGAGUUUUUUUCUCACUAAAUAAAUCCUGGUCUAGGAUGAAAGCGACGCGCUGCAAAGCUCGUUUGUUAGUAAACCAUAAUCGACUUCGUAAGUCGCGAGGGAAGGGAUUGCUGUACCCUUCUCGCGAUAAAAAUACCUCAGGCAUGAACCGCAGGAGGGGGUCCAACCCCCCCCUCCUAUGUGACCCCGGUUGGGUCGUCUAGCUAGUAGAAGUGGAGGAUAGGGGCCAGAGAGAGGGGCAGACGGCAGAGUCCAAUGAUGGGAGAGAAACAAACAAACAACAAAAAACAGGAGUGGAUUCGGUCCCCGUUUUCACAGGAUGGGAUACUGAAGCACCGGCGUCAUAGAACGUGAUAACAAGUUGGUGGACACUGCUCACCCUGCCUAAUGACGCUCUCGAGGAUGAGCUCUUGUUCAUGGGCGUCGGCCUUGAGACUUUUGUCGGGAGGGUUCACACGGUUGUGGGUCGAGAUGGGAUGGCGAAACAUGCAAGCACCGACCUAAUGGUGUGGUUUUGUUCCUUUUUCUUGAUUCUGACCGUGUUGCAGGAUGCGAAAUAGGCCCGUUGUCGUGGCCUAGACUGCACUAUUAUAGUCCUUGAGUGAACAUAUAUUCGCUCCCUGCACAUUCGUUUUUUGUCGUUCGGUAGCUUUCGCGGUAGGUUCACACGGUGGCAGGGCAUGGUCUUUAGCAGAACCGUCUACUACAUGUUGUUUGAUUUAUGUGAUGCUGAGCCAAUUUUUUUGUUCGUGGCCGGCCACGAUCGACUUCGCUUAGACUACAGUUUCCAUCUUUUCACGUUGUUCCGUUGAUGUCUGCAGCGUUGCUUCGGAUAUCUAUUCCUGUGUCGAAUAUAUCUUCCUUGAAACAGCUUUCACGGGUAGCAACUAAUAGUCCUUUCGUGUGUGAAACCACGCUGUCACUUUUUGUGUUUUCGUGGUGAUAUGGGCGUGACAUCGGUCGCGAUUUGGUAACAUUUGUCUCGAAACCCGAGCACACGAUAUUGUCCGUGAGGUCGCUUUCGUUCUUCCUCUCGCCCUCAGUAUGGCGUCUGGUAGCACCAAAAGUUUUGUGACGAGGCGAGUUGAAUUGUCGUACUUGAUGCAGUGCAUAUGCAUACACAUGACAUGCACUGAACACAAAACAUACCUUUUUAUUAGGGCCGUUUUAAACAGAGC